AGUUGUCACACCACUGCGGUCCACAUUUUCUUAUGUACAGUAACACUGUAGCACUACAGACCACCCUGUGACACAGGAAAAUAAUGUCCUGCAGUUGAAGAUGGGGGGUAGUGGCUCCAAAUCCAAAGGAUUUUGGCCUUUUUCUGGCUCAGGUAGUGGGGAUGAUCCUACCAAAGAUGGAGAUGAGCAGUCCCUGGCAAGAAUUCGAAGUUUCCCAGGUGCCACACCUUUUGUGUUUACCAGACGAAGCUCUAUGUUCUUUGAUGAAGACGGUGACUUGGCCCAUGAGUUCUAUGAAGAGACAAUUGUGACAAAGAACGGACGGAAAAAAGCCAAGCUGAAAAGGAUUCAAAGAAACUUGACACCUCAGGGAAUUAUAACAUUGGAGCAUCCUUGCAUCCAUGUUGAUUUCCCAGUUAUCCUCUGUGAAGCCUGAGAGUCUCAGUUUUUCAGACAGGCUACUGUGUCAGCUCCGUCCUGUGGUUUCCCCGACAGAUGGAAGCCCAAACCACCUUUCAAAAUACCUUGGAUCUCUUGAUAUAUCUGACUCCCCUACUGGACAGGCUGAUGCACUGUGUGCUGGGCCUCUGCAUGUGAUCUGUUUUUGGCUUGUGUGCAGUGAGACAUGGGAAAUGCCAUCAUCAGCAGGGAUGUAGAUGUUUGCCAAGUAGAGAAAAUCCUCUCAGUCUAUAGAGAUCAUGGUUUGUGUGCUUGUUGGUGUGAAUGUGUGCAGACACAUGAGACGAGGAAGAAUCCUGAGUUCUGUCAGCGAUUUUGUUUUCUGGUGGGAUUAAGUUGACUCAAAGAGUUCAAGAUGAACGCAGCCAGUCUUUUGUCAUUGUCUUGCAUAGAAAACUGUCAGUGCACACUUUAAAUUUUUUUUUUUUUACACUAUUUUGACUUGCUCUUAUUGCAUGGGACAGGAUCAGCUUACAGGCAAUAGCCUGGGGAGUUGACAAUCAGCAGCCCACAAAAUCUAAAGAGGAUUAAUGUCAUAUUGUGAUGUCUGACGGACUUGCUUCUGUGACCUCAGAGCCACAUGUACACAGCAGCAUUGAUUCUGAAAGCUCCUGGUGUUUUCUUUGCUGCUUUGGAAAAUGUGUUUCACAUUUAAUUUAUUAAAACAGUUUUUUAAUUACAAAUAUAGACACUGACUUGUCAUGUUUCUGUUUUACCUCCAUAAAUAACGACUUAAAGGCCUUCCUUAUCUACAUUGGAAUUGUAAAAGACCCUGUGAUUAUGGCAUGCUGUCAUCUUGUCAUGAGCCAACAAAAACAGUUUUUUAGGGUCACACUUUCUAUUUCUUACUUGGUCUCUUCUACUAACAAGACCUGGAACUGGAGUUCAAGAACACUAUCUGUAGAUCUUGGAAUUUGAAAUCUGCACUUUGUGGAAUCUCAAAAGUGGGAGUGACCUGUGUCAUGGCCUCAAAUACUGUAUCCCAGGAGUGUUUGUCUCUCUCAAUACAAAUUUGAUAAUUGUAUAAUCUAAUGGUAAUUGCAUUAAAAUUGUCAUGAUUUGAAAAGACUAAAGUGAAUUGGAUUAAGAUGUUUUUGCAGUAAUCGGGCUCUGGUCCCCGCGUACAGGUGCGUGCACUCAUUUCCAGUCCAGGCUAAAACACCAAGAUGAAGUAGAAAAGAAAGCGCUGAACAACUGUCCUCACCUUAACCUUUAUGUGACAACUAUUUGGCAUUUAGCUUUUGGAAGAAAAAAAAGUUGAAAUGCGAAACAAGCUGAAUGGACCUCCAGCUGCAAAGGAAUCUUCAAAGGCACACCCCAGUUCAGAGGAGGAGAAGCUUAGAGAGCAGUAAAGUCCAUCAUUACAUUCUCCAUGACUACGGGACGUCUACAGCUUCUCUACAAAGCUGUCUGAUGAUGUUCUCCUUAAAGGAUAAAGAGUUCUGUGCCAAGAAGUCCUCUCCACUUUAUUGCUUCUGUGAAAUGACUUCAGCCGGCACAAAGCUUUGUGCUCUUUCUCACCCCUCU